CAUCAGCAAAUGUUAGACAAGUAUACAACAAUGGUUCGAUUCGAGGCAUUGGCCGAAAUCAAUUCUACAUUGAUCGGCUUUGAUUACAAACGUUUAUGCACUCAAACCAUACCUGUCCUUAAAUUAAACGUCACUGCAGGUGAUAACGAAACAAACCUUUCCAGAGAAUUAGAUCAAAUUUCGGCUGCAAUUAAUCUCUAUUUCCCGCCAAUUUUAGUUGUUAUGGGCACUAUUUGUAACUGUAUUGUCAUCAAAGUCAUGCGCAGUAUGUACUUCCGGUUUUUGUCGACAUCAUUUUACAUGGCAAUCAACGCAUUUAUUGACAAUUUCAGUCUGUUGUUCUUGUUGACGGUGCAUUGGAUUAAUGCAAACUUCCCGUGGAUCAUUUACAGAGGAAUUAACGCGCAUUUUAUGUGUAAAGCAUUCAACUUCUUCGGAUGGACAAGUAGUGACCUUGGGAUUUUAUUGACCGCUGCCAUGACACUUGAAAGAAGUCUCGCCAUAACAUUUCCUCUGAAGGCUCAGAAAUGGUGUAGUGUUUCUCGUGCAAAACAUAUGUCAUUGUUACUACUUGUAUUGGCUAUGAUUAAAAACGCUCAUUUCCUUUUCACUUCUGGUCUAAUGUCACAGAAACAAAGAUACAAGCUCUGUGAAAUUUCUUCAAAUAAUAAAAACAUGGUAAUGUUUUGGCGUCUCAUCUGGCCGUGGAUUCAUCAUUGUUUUCUCUUCAUAAUGUUUACAGUGAUAAUCAUCAGUAACAUCAUCAUUCUCCGACACGUGAAGUUGUCAUAUAUCGUACAAAAGGCGGCAAAUGUAUACUACAGAACCGGAAGUAAAAAAGUGGAAACAAGGACGCAGGUUUCAACAAAUCCGAGGUCCCGCAGACGACAGAUUCUGAUGAUGCUAUUGGCAGAUUCUAUAACCAUCGUGAUAUGCACUUUGCCUUUUUCGAUUUACACAAGCGUGACGUCUAAUGUGGUAAUAGAGGAUGACGAAGCUAAAUCUGUGGAUAUUUUAAUCUAUUCGGCAUCGUUCUACCUCCUAUACAUCAACAGGUGUGCAAACUUCUACCUGUAUUGUUUGAGCGGAUCCAGAUUUCGAUUUGCUCUAAAGUUUGUUUGCACUUAUAAAAGAACGAUGACGAACUCGUAUCGGAUGAAAACUAACGUAAACCCGGCACAUGAGACUUUGAUCGACUGUCAGCUGAACGCUACUGUGGAACUGGGGGACGAACGUCGUGACACCUACGUCUGCAGGAUGUGCGAGGGAUAAUCAACAAUGACGAAGGAGCAUCGUUCUUCCGGAAAACACCAUCAAUUUUAAUUCACAGAAUAUCCACAAGAAAGAACACUGGGUCUAUAUUAAAAUGUGUUUGUUUAAACGUCCGUCCUUUUGCGUGUCAAUCAAAAUAAGAACGGCUUCGUGUGUCUUGCUGUAUGUUGUGAAGAUGGUAUGUUUAUUUCUGUACGUUCAUGUUUU